GCUUCAGUGAACUCUUUGCACUGAUUAUGGCUGACAGCCAUAUUCCCUCAACGGCUAAACCGCAGCCAUCCUCCAGCCAUCGAGACACAAACAGUAUCCCCAACAAGCCUAGUCUUGAUAAAACUAUAUACAACAACAGGAGAAAACAGCAGCAGAGUUUCAAAGAAGACUUUGUGGAGCGAAGAUACACGGGCAGUCGGUCGUUAGCUGUUGCGCCGAGUGUUGCUCACACGUGCGCGCACGAGGAUCUUUUUGCUCACUUCAUGUACGCCAGCGCUUGUGCUUUCGUCCUCAGCGAUGAUCCGCAGCAUCACGGCAUGAAUUUCUUCCCGGAGCUGCAGGGGCGCCGUAGCUCGCAAGUUAAAGGUCUGCUUCACUCGGCGCCCCAGGACGUGGCGGUGCACAUGGCGCAGCUGCUGCAGGCGUGCGUGCACGAGACGAGCGGGGGGGAGCGACUACGCGCUGUGGAGGAGCUCAAGGACCUGCUGGCCGAAGAGGGCGGCCUUGAAGAUGAAGACGUUGAUUACGAAGACGAGUACUCCGAAGGCGAGAAGUCGAACGGCGAAGAGCCUGCAGCUGAUAGAGUAAGAGCCGGAGGUGCAAUUGCUGGUCUAAUUUAUGAUUAUGAACGUAAACACAAGACGUUGUGAGUCGUUUAGUAUGUGUGUGUGUAGAGCUUGCAUUGAGUAAUGGGGCCGUUUCAAUCAGCUUUGAACAACAACUCUCUACGGCUUGAUGAUUAAGAUGAAAAGAAUUUACCUGCCAAAAAUAUUUGUUAAUGAAGUUUUCGGAAGUCCAAUUUAAAGCAGACAAUUGUAAAUUAAUCAAUGCAUAUUUAAUUGUGAUAUGUUAGCUCCCCGGACUUCAAGUCCCGACAUGUCCCCCAAAUAUCUUAUCCCCUAACGUCCUCACACGCAUCAGCCUGAUCGGCUAUUUCGUUGCAGAAUGAGACUUGUGGAGCACCAAGUUAUUUUUCUGGUGAAAUUCUGUGCCAAAUUCUAGUGCCAAGUAUUUAUAAUGAUGCAUCUCCGUGUGUAAUGCAUGUAAUGUAAUGAUGUAUCCUCCACCCACAAUGAGGUAGUAUGCUUCGUAACUUGAAUAUUUAAAAAUACUAUUUUUUAUUAUUGAAGUAAGAUUGAAACCACAACGUGCUGUGAACGUCUUGUAGCCUAGGGCCACCGUGAACUCCUGUCCUAUUCGCAACAAUAGUUUCAUUUAAAAUUAAGCAGUUCCUUUAAUUAGUGCAUCUGUGUUUAUUUGACAUCUCUUUACUCCUAUAGGAUUUCUAUGAUCCUAUUGUGCAUUACAUUCUCGGUGCUACACGUAUCGCG